CAUACGUACUUGAAAGAUAAGAAGAGUUACAUAAUAUCACAAGUAUUUAAUUUUCUAUAUACAUUUGUAGGGUGAGAAUAUUCUUUUAAUUAAAUAUGAGCCUCAAAUUUGCGAGUAAUCUGUCUUUUAUGUUUACGGAGGCACCAUCUAUUACUGAAAGAUAUAGAUUAGCAAAAGAGGCUGGUUUUAAAGCAGUAGAAAGUGGAUUUCCUUUUGGUUACACUGUUAAAGAUGUAUCAGAAGCUAGAAAAAAGGCAGAUAUUGAGCAAAUUCUUAUAAAUGUAUAUACAGGAGAUGUCACGAAAGGGGAACUGGGAUUUGCAGCAGUACCUGGUCAAGAAGAAAAUUUUAAAAAAAGUAUUGAUACCACUAUAGAAUAUUCAAAAGCUUUAAAUUGUUUGCGGAUUCAUAUAAUGUCAGGAAAAGUAAAUCAAAUAAGUACUACUAAUGAUAGUACAUAUUUAAAUAAUCUUCUGUAUGCAGUGGAGAAAUUUGAAAAAGAAAAAAUAAUUGGUGUUAUUGAACCUAUCAAUAAUAUUACUGUACCAGAUUAUUAUAUGAAUAGUUUUCAAAAAGGCUUAGAAUUAGUAAAAACAAUUAAUAGCCCAUUUUUAAAAUUACAACUUGAUGUUUUUCAUCUGCAACAUAUUUCUGGUAAUAUUACAAGAAACAUCAAAGAAUUAAUGCCAUAUAUAGGGCACGUACAGAUAGCACAAGUUCCUAAUAGACAUGAACCUGAUACACCAGGAGAAAUAGAUUACAAAUAUGUUCUUGCUACUUUAGAACAAGAAGGAUACAAUGGAUAUAUUGGUUUAGAAUACUUUCCUAAGUCAUCUUCAAGAGAAGGAUUAAGUUGGAUACAAAAAUAUGGUUACAAAUUGUAACAUAGAGCCAUAACCACUUAAUUUUUUUUAAAUUGUUCAAGAAAAAAAUAAAGCAUUCCCACUGAUGACUAUAUUUGCAUCAUAUUUCUCAUAUUUUUAUAUAAUAAAACGAAAAUGAACAGAAUUUCUUUAAAUACAUUUUCUUUUUUUUCUUAAAUUGAAUAGUGCAAUGUAUUUCUUUUAAUAUGACAAUCAAUAGUAAUACUAUGGUCAGCAAUAUAAAUACGAUACUGAAAUGCUACAAAAACCUAUUAACUUAUUUCAGUUACAUAGAUAUGAGAUUUGUUAAUUACAAAAUGCAUACUGUAUUGAUUUCCAAACAUACCACUGCUUCAAAAUUAUUCAUCUUAUAUUAAUAAAAAUAGCUGCAAAAAUGUUAAGUACAAAAUAUGUUUACUUGUAAUAAUCAAGUGAAAUACAUUUAUAACAAUUAGUGAACAACGUGUUCGUUACAUUAUUAAAAAA